UCUCGGUCAAGGCGGCUGGGGAGGGGUCCUCCCAAACCAUCAUGAAGCCGCCCGUGUCGAGUUCCCCUAGCCCGAGGAGGGUGAUCCCUACUCCUCGGGUUCGUCUGGCAGAUCCCCCACAAUCUUCCGCUACUGCUUCUGGCGCUCCUCCUUUGAAAAAGUUGAAAACAUCUGAGCCCUUUAACCUGGGUGCCCCAGAUUUUGAUGCUAUUGAGUUUGUCGACCAACAGAUUGCCCCUUAUGGUGGGCUUUCUAUGGAUGAUGUGUCCCUUCUUCAGCACCUAGAUUUCAUUACGAAAAAUAGCGUGAAGAUGGCACAUAUGGGCGCUGAUGAGCGGAUAAUUUGUAUUUUCUGGCUGAAAUUGAGGGACCUGAGCAAAAAUUUGAUUCAGAGACCAAAAAGGACUGCAGAUGCUGUUGGAUUCUGACCUCCCUGCACUCGAAGUGGAUUUUCUGGAGCUACAGAAGCCCAAUUGGCGCGCUUUCAACGGCGUUGGAAAGUAGACAUCCUGGGCUUUCCAGCAAUAUAUGAUAGUCUAUACUUUGCCCAAGCUUUGAUGGCCCAAACCGGCGUUCAAAGUCACCCUCAGAAAUCCCAGCGUUAAACGCUGGAACUGGCACCCAAAUGGGAGUUAAACGCCCAA